UUGUGUGAUUGUUUCUGAUCUGUCGCUCCGUGCUAUGGUUUGUUAUUUAUAUUUGUGUGUGUGCGUGUGCUGUCCUCUAGUUUGCCGGCUGGAGCACGAAAGGACCGAGUUGUUCAACUGCGAGGAGAGAUAAUUGCGAUUUGUCAUCGUCACUUGUGUGAUCUGACCGCGCUUUUGCCCUGCGUUUUACUGUUCGAUUCCGUGCUACGAAAAAGGUUAGCCGCCCAGUGACGCGUUGCACGCUUUGAGAGUGUGUCAGUGACUGCCGGAAGAAGCAAGUUUAUACAUAAUCGUCGUUAACCUUUUAAGUGAGAGGCUUUUUCGCUUCGUGAGCAAAGACAACGCGACAUUUUAUCCGUAUUACGGCAGUGCUGCUGUGGACGGAUCCCGCAAAGCUUUCAGCGUGGCGGACAGCGAUCGCAAAAUGGUUUCUGCUGAGGAGAAGAAGGACGAAUUACGGAGUGAUGGUGAAAAAAAGGAGAAAAAAGCUAGGGGCUUUGAACGAGGACUGGAGGCCGAGAAAAUUCUAGGCGCUACCGAUGCUGCAGGCGAACUAAUGUUUCUCAUGAAGUGGAAGGACUCUUCUGACGCAGACGUAGUUCCAGCAAAAGUUGCGAACGUGAAGUGUCCGCAGGUUGUAAUCAAGUACUAUGAGGAAAGGCUCGUAUGGGACUCGUCAACUUGCGGAAAGGAUAAAAAGUAAAUCGAGACCCCAGGAAUGACAACGCAAGAUUCGAACAGAUCAGCCGAUUCUGCUUUCGACGCAAUGCCACAGUAUAUUGAGGGAUUACUAAUCCCGACAGUGACCAUAGUGGGCGCAAGACCGGAGGCGAAGUAGUAGAGAUUACUAGCUCCUAUGUCUAAACCAAACUACAAGCUUGUGUAUAUUUUGCAACAUGUCGAAUAUUAUUAUUAUGAAUAGAGAAUUUGAAUAAUAUGGAAAAUAAUGCAGAACGAUAAUAAGAUUAAUAAUAUCGCACUGAUGUACUUCUCUAUUCGUUUUGAUCUAUUUUAAGCGUACAGUGGUGCGACAAUUGACUGUAUAAUCUUGUAAGAAUAACUUUAACAUAAAUUAGAAAAUAAAGUUAUGAAA